GUUGCUCCUGUUUGUUCCUGGCUAUGGCUGUCACCAGUGGGCAAAUUGGCAUAAAUAGGCCUUCGCAAGUGGAAAGUCAUUUAACCCCUGUCCUUGUCACACUCCAAGUCCUCUCAGUGGCCAGAGAACAGAAAGAAAAUCUGACUGUGCAUGCGUGGAGGGUGAGCUGAGACUACAGCCCCAACCCGAAGGCACCUCUGCAGGGGGAGCCUGGAGACUGUCCUUCCUGUCGGAGACGCCGGACACUCCAACCCAAACAAAUAGGUUACUCCUCAAGUGGAGAGGCAGCAUCUACAAACUAUUGUACAGGGAAUUUAUUGUUUUUGCUGUACUGUACACAGCAAUAAGUUUGAUGUACAGGUACUUUCCUUUGCAUGUGUUCUUAAAUGGCCAUCAAAUAGCAUAUAUGAAUACAGUCUCAAAAAUCCAAGUCCUUUGGUUGCCUCUGACUUUUGCAUUAUGUAAUCUCCUCCUUUGCAUGAUUCUCUGUUGCCCUCUUCUCCCUGGGACUGAGUAUCUUAAUCCACACCUAACCAUUUUUGAGAUGUUAAAUGGACUCUAACCCAUCAUGUUUAGGUGGUUCCCAUUCCAGCCCCACUUGAACUGGUCGUGAUGAAGUAUUAUUUGUGCUUCAGGAAUUUUGCUCCAGGCAAAAAAUGAAAGAUUUAUACCUAGAUCCUCACUAAGUGAUGAUUUUUACCAUUCAAAAUCAUUAUUUUUGCCUCUCUGAAUGGUAUCAUUCAUAGUUUGAGUUUAUGAUUUGACUGCUUGCAGCGACUACUUACAUAAUUAACACUUUCAUAAAUAGUGUAUAUCAGGCAACUUUCCUUCCUUUUUCCUGGAAUGACAAAAUCUUAUCUAAGAUGGUGCCCCCAAACUUACCAAUAUCUCAAUUAAAGAAAAAGGCUAAAAACGAAUUUAUUUUUGUCAUGUCUUCAAAGUUGAAGGCACGUUAUAUUCACAAAAGAUAUUUAUUCUUUAUAACAUCACAAACUUUGCCUGUCAAGAUUGACAGGUAAUUUGAGCAACAUUACUUCCAUGGAAUACAUUUAUGACUAACAAUUAUAGUCUUAAUAAAAUUUUAGCAGUAUUAUAAAUGGGAAGCUCCAUGAGUUCUUUUAAUUAACAUUGAUUGCACAAUUUCUUCUCAGGGAGAACUUAAAACUUAAAAUAGAAAAGUUAAAGGUUUUUGAGGCUGUAUUUCCGCCUUUUCUGUGCUCAUCAGUUUGUUCUUUCCCUUCUGCAUACCAUGAACAAAUUUGCAUGUCAUUGCUCCCACCUGUAUUCCUCCUUGCAGUGACAGGACCCCAUGUGAAGAAGAGGGAAGUUAAUUUGACUGGUUGAUAAUGACCAAAAGUGAACAGUUAUUUUGCUAUAUAUCAAAACUACUGUUCCCCCAAAAUGUAUAUAUUGGUAUACAUUUUGGCAAAAUAUCUUUAAAAGGGAGGUUUUAUUAAAAACCUCUAAUGAUUUUUUUUAAUAAAUCCUCUAAAUACAGUAUUAUUUUUACAAUUUAUUUAUAUGUCAUCCAAUCCUUCACAAUAUCAAAUGGUGGAAGACACAUGACGUUUCAGGAUAAUUGUCUCAUUUGUUUAUUUUUACUAAUGUGUAUUUAUUGCUGCUACUGCUGCUUAGAAUAGAAUAGCUCUUAGAGCAGUUGCAACGUAGCCAGAGAUGCUCCACUGGGCCUUAAUUUUGGCUCCAAUGUCUUAUUUAUUUCCCACAAAACUGUAUGCACAUAUUUUUUCUAAAGACCAAAAAGUGCUUGUGUUUUUAACGAUCAUCAUUAUUUCAAGCCAUUUUUCAUUCCUUAAAUUUUGAACGUGAAAUCUUAUUAAAAUAGAUCCUUUUACCUUGAUCAAAGCUCUACCAAGAACUACAGGCUGAAUCUGUUGAGAAAGUCAGACAUACCUCUAGACAAAUAUAGACAAAUAAAAAAAAUGAGUUUCAUUCUCAUAUCCACUAACAAUGCUAAAGUUUUUUAAUCCCAUUAUAAGCAAAUAGUUAUGCUUGUCAAAAAAUCAUAAGAUAGAACCCGAAUUCACUAGUUUGAUUAUCUCUCUUUGUAUUUUGGGAUACAUUUGACAAAAUACUUGCUGUAGUACCUUCUAGCUAGUAAAAUUUCUAUGUGUCUAUUAGCUUAGUAUUUUUUCCUUUGGCCAAUUAUUAAUAGUAACAACCACUUUAUUAUUGACUGACAUUAUAUACUAAGUGGUUUUAUAUAUCAUGUAUUCUUUAAUCCUCCUAACAUCCCUGAUACACAGGUAUUAUUAUUAUUAUCCUCAUUUACAAAUGAGAAAACUGAGACUCAGAGAGAGUUAAAAAUAUGCUCAAAAUCCAAAUCUGUGAGUGGCAGAUCUGGGACUCAAACAUGGCUCUGUAAGGCUCUAUGGUCUGUGCUCUCCACAUUUAAUUCUCUCUGACCAAUUCAAUUUGAGUCCCAGAAACCAAUCUGGCUGUAACUUGUCAUCAGCCUCACCUUGAGAGGCCUGUCCACCAGGUGAUGCCUUGCCUGUCAUCUUUUCUUGACUGUAGAAUUUCUGACACCCCCUCCAAAGCUAAGGCUGCAUCCUCAGGUUUGGGCACUCCAAGCCCACCCUGAAUCCCACGCACAUUCUUAGCACCAGCUCCCAGGUCUUCACCAGCAGUCUGAUUUUGGCUCACUGUCACCUCAUUAUCCCUUCGCUUCCUUCCUCAAAGCUCUACUGACCCAAAUAGGCCUCUGACAUAUGCCAUAGUGGGUGUCUCCAAGGGAGUCCUGAUUCAUUUGGAACAGUUGCAUUCACUCAUUUAUUCAAAUUCAUCUGCCUUCUUUCCGGAUUUCGAUCAUUAUUAUUAACCUGCCUUGAGAUAUCUCUUCUGAUUCUGAAUCUCCCCCUUGAAAUAUAAAUAUCAAUAAUAGCUCUAUUAAAUGGAUUCAUGUUUAACAAUACCAGAAAGCGGGUUUCUGUCAGAUCUAUAAUAUAAAUUUUUAUAUUUUUAUACUAUAGAAAUAAAAGCUCACCACAUAUAAUAAUAGAAAUUUCACUUCUAACUGUUGAAUCUGUGUUGUUGUUUUAUAUUUUAAAUAACUCUAGGCUUUAAAAUAAACAGUUAUAACAUCCCUUGAGGUAUAACACACAUAACUAAGAAUGUACUGAGUAGAAUAUUCAUGAGAAAGUAAGAUCAAGAUGUCAAAUCCAGGGUUAUUAUUCAAUAAUUACUUAAUAAGCAUAUUCCAAUAAUAAACAUAAUUAAGACAUUCUUUUUUAAGUACAUAUGUUUAAUAAUUGGAUAAUGUACUCCUUUAUGAAGUAUUUUGCUCCAAAUCCCAUGCAUUAAUCAUAUAAAAAUUUAAAAAUAUAAAACAUUCAAAAUAAAAUGGAUUACUAUGUCCUACUGUCUAAUGACCAAUAACAUUUUUGUACUAAAAAAAUUAGUACUUAAAAUGUUCAGCAGUUAAAAAGCUUUUGAGAUACAUCAGCUUAGGUAUAAAAGGAAAAGCUACUGCUCCUUUAAAAAAAACUGAGAUUAUUUUUGCUUAAUUGUUUGCAGUGAAUGUCACUUGCAAAGCAGGUGCAGAAGUAUAAUAUCAUAAAGGGCUGUGCAUUUUAUUUUUGCUCCAGAUUGUUACUUACAGGAGCCCAAAAACGUUUCUUUGAAAAAUUAUCAAUUUACUGUGACAGAUAUGCUGAACAAAUUCCAGUAACCUUUGUGCUUGGCUUUUAUGUUACUCUAGUAGUGAAUCGAUGGUGGAACCAGUUUGUGAAUCUGCCCUGGCCAGACAGGCUGAUGUUUCUCAUCUCCAGCAGUGUUCAUGGAAGUGACGAGCAUGGGCGCCUGCUCAGGAGGACACUGAUGCGCUAUGUCAAUCUCACCUCCCUGCUCAUUUUCCGCUCAGUGAGCACAGCUGUGUACAAAAGGUUUCCGACGAUGGACCACGUGGUUGAAGCAGGUUUUAUGACAGCAGAUGAAAGAAAAUUAUUCGACCACCUCAAAUCUCCUCAUCUGAAAUACUGGGUUCCAUUCAUCUGGUUUGGAAAUCUCGCAGCUAAAGCCCGGAAGGAAGGUAGAAUCAGAGACAGUGUUGAUCUUCAAUCACUGAUGACUGAAAUGAACCGAUUUCGCUCCUGGUGCAGCCUCUUAUUUGGUUAUGACUGGGUUGGGAUUCCGCUGGUUUACACCCAGGUGGUCACGCUGGCUGUCUACACCUUCUUCUUUGCCUGCCUGAUUGGACGCCAGUUUUUGGAUCCCACCAAAGGCUAUGCGGGGCAUGACUUAGAUCUUUACAUUCCAAUCUUCACUCUCCUACAAUUCUUCUUCUACGCAGGAUGGCUCAAGGUAGCUGAGCAGCUUAUCAACCCUUUUGGAGAAGAUGAUGAUGAUUUUGAAACUAACUGGUGCAUUGACAGAAAUCUGCAGGUCUCUCUUUUGGCUGUGGAUGAAAUGCACAUGAGCUUACCCAAGAUGAAGAAGGAUAUUUACUGGGAUGAUUCUGCUGCUCGUCCACCAUACACACUGGCAGCUGCUGACUACUGCAUACCCUCAUUUCUGGGGUCAACCGUCCAAAUGGGGUUGUCUGGGUCCGAUCUGCCGGGUGACGAGUGGCUGUGGGAUUUUGAGAAGCACGGUCAUCGCCAUUCGGUGAUUAGAAGAGUCAAGAGGUUCCUGAGCGCUCACGAACAUGCCUCAAGCCCCAGGAGGAGAAGCUACGGGAGGCAGGCCAGCGACAGCUCCAUGUUCUUCCCCCCGAGCGACCUCAGCCCAACCAGGGAUCUGCUGGAUGUGCCUCCAAGAAGCCCUCACCGUGCCUCGGCCGCUCGGAAGCACCCCCAGUCUCCAAAGGGGAGCCCCAAGCUGCGCUCCAGCCUGGGAGAGCUGUCCACCAUCCGAGAGACCAGCCUGAGUCCACAGUCCAGUGUGAGGGGCUCCCCCACCAAAAUGCCGCAGGUCCCCGAGGCGUUGCUCACAGCCACGGAAGCACUAGCACCUGCGGCAGAGCACGGCCACCGUGACUCCACGGCCUCCAUCCAGAGCUCCGACUUUACAGGGCUUCAGCCCAGCAGGCCUGGGCAGCAGGAGGACCCUGUGGGGUCAGUCCCGUUCUCCUUCGAGAAAGAUGUGCCUCCUAGGGACCCUCGUUCCCAGACUGUUCCAGCCAAAGCUGAGAAAGACAGCCUCAAGUCUGCCUCUGAGGAGGACCCUCAUCAGAAGGACAAGUCCCCCCAAAAGUGGAGGCUCCCGGACUCCAGCCGCACCUCCCUGGCAGGCCUAAGUCUGGAUCCCAUGAACCCUGAGCCACUUCCUUUACUGGACCCAGAAACAUCCUCAGAGACCAGUGGAAUCACGUUUGCGGCGGGUUCUCGAGUCUCUCCUGAUGUGCUGUAUUUAAUAGAAAACCUGGACACCAAAGAAACAGAUAUUGUAGAGUUCAACAAUGAGCAGACGGAGGAGUCUCCCAAGGGAAGGCCAGAACGUUCUAGGACCUGGUUCUAGCCUAGAAUUUUACUUCCCCAAAAGUUCAAGCAGUAGUUCCAGAACAUACCCGGGGGCUGGUCAAUUUUUUUUGAAAUGAUCAUACUGUGUAAGCUACUUAAAACUUUGAAGGGCAUUACGAUACUGACAUUAUGGGAAGAUCAAACACAUUCAUGCUAUCUACCACAAAGUGACUUUCAUGGAAGUUACACAGACCACAGUGAUGUACCUUAAACAAAUAAGGAAUCAUAUAAAUUCAUAGAUUGUUGUAGAUUAUAAAUUCAUAGAUUGUUAUAAAUUAUAAAUUCAUAGAUUGUUAAACUGUGAAAAAGGCUUUAUAGAUCACAGUCCGAUCCCCUAGUUUUGCCAAAAGGGAGACAAAUGAUUCUCGCUUCCCUUUUUUCCCCCCUUUCUUCUUUUCUUCAGUUAUAAAGACUGGGCGAUGGAUCAUAUGAUGCCUCAAAAGCCCCUUCCUAAGGCUGAUUUCUCUGUGUAAGGCUUUCUAACAAUCUCACUCUGCUUUCUAUAACUAUCUUAAUUUCCUAAUUCUUAAGUUUCAUCAGCAUCAGAAAGCUCCAUCUCCCUUCAAUUUUCUUUUCAAUUUUCAGGACUUUGUUUUCCUCUCAUCUGCCUUGAUUUCCUCAUCCUUUUAUCCUCUCGUCCCCCUAGUCUUUCUCCCUCUCCAGUGACUCUAUUCCCUCCCCCGCUUUCAGGUUGUAACCUUUUCUCAGCCGACUCUGUUGCUUACUUCCUGCCAUGAUUUUCAAGGAGGUUUUGGCAAAGUUUCCGACGGAGCAAUUAAUAAGUGUCAGUAAAUCCAGCCUGACUUCACCCAGCUUCGCAGGAAGGGGCGUGGGAACUUGCUGUGUCUCUGCCGUGGCCAUCUCCUUCCACAAGCACUCUUAGGUCCUGAACACUGGAGGAGCAAUGAGGCCAUGAAAGCUGCAUAACCAAAUGCUUCAGAAGCAAAUAACAAGGUUUGAAACUGUUCCACUCAGACUCUUUAAGUAAAAAUCCCCAUUAUGUCACAACACGGGACCAGCUACUGUGUCUGGCAGGUUGUCUGGGAUGAAGUAGGGUAUUGGAGCUGGGAGGUUAAGGGAGUCCACGAUCACAAGGGGAGGGGACGCUGACUAACUUCCUCCAAGGAGUUCUUGGUCUUAUCUAUUGGGGGCUCCCAACUUUGCCCAGAAGGCCAUGUCUAAAGAAUGCUGCUCUAUUUCUGUCAUAUGAUGAAGCUUGACUGCAAGCUUAAGAAACAAAAUAAUCCUAAUUGCUACCACUUAUUGAGUGUUCACAACAGCAUGUAAAGUUCACAGAUAAUCCUACUAAUCCUCACAGGAAUCCCACAAAUUGAUAUACUAUUAUCUCUAUUUUUUUUUUUUUACCUUGGCUAUGGCAGUUGCCAUUUAUUUUUUAGUUUUUUUAACUUAUUUAUUUUUCAAUUGAAUGAUAAUUGCUUUACAAAAUUUUUGUUUUCUGUCAAACAUCAACAUGAAUCAGCCAUAGGUUCUAUUUUUUUACCUAUUUUAAUCUACUUUUUAAAGGAGUCUUUCAUUUCUUAAUGUUAGUUGUUAUUGUUAUUCUCUUAUUGAAAUAAUAUACCUUAGACCAAUGCUUAUUUGCUUUCUGUUUUUUUUUUUUUUUUUUUUUUUGGACUGCAUGUCAUGUGGGAUCUUAGUUCCUGGAUCAGGGAUUGACCCCCCACCCCCUGCAGUUAAAACCAUGGAGUCUUAACCACUGGAACACCAGGGAAGUCCCUAUCUCCAUUUUAAAGAUGAAAAAAACAGAGGCUUUAGAGAAAUAAUUGACUAAAAUUACCAAACCAGGAAAUGGCAGGGCUCAGAUUCAAGCCCAGGUUUCUCUGACUCAGAGCCCACGUUCUGGUCCAGCAUGCUUCAUCCCUGUGCUACGUUGUCUGCAGGGCCCUGAAUCUGCCAGGACUUUGCCCAGAAUUCUGGAGAAUGCCCCACGGGAGCCAGGCAUAAGACUCUCCAGCCUCAGAGGCCUGUCCCCGUCCUCCCCAUUGAAGUCUACCUUGACUUUUUAUGUAUGCACACAGGAAGGCAGUGUUCCAGCAUGAAGCCUAGCCAUGGUCCUCUUCAUUUCUGAGGACAGAAGAAAAUUAGCAGAACCCUCACCUCCCUUCCCCAGCUUCUCCCAACAAGCAAUGUUAUAUAUAGCACGUUUUGACAAGACAUGGCCACCCAAUGGGCCACCCCAGCUGCAUGACAGCAAUGACAUUUACUUGAACUAACUUUUUGCGAAGGGCUAAAAGAUCAUAAGAAGACUCUUGAGAGUCCCUUGGACUGCAAGGAGAUCCAACCAGUCCAUUCUGAAGGAGAUCAGCCCUGGGAUUUCUUUGGAAGGAAUGAUGCUAAAGCUGAAACUCCAGUACUUCG